AUGGCCAUCUCUAAAGCAAGGAUUAUCUCAUCCAAUGCAGCAGAGGAGUACGUGCCAAGAAAGAGUAGCCACAUUCAGCAACGAUAUAGGGAUCUAUCUGCCGACGGCUUGCGGUCGGGGACUACGACCGUCGUGCCUACCCGCCAAUCCAGUCCAGCUCCCCCAGCAGAGUCUCCACCCCCGACGACAUCUUCAGCACCCUCCAAAAAGCUAAGAGGUCGCUCUAGUGCAAAAAGAGCCGUUGGCCUUUCUCGCUUGGAUACCACGGCUGCAAUCCCAAAGCCUAUCCUAGAGCAACCGCCAUCAGCUCGUCCCAUUGCUGCCUCAAAAACUACUUGCCCCGUUGGUUUGAACACUUCCAAUCUACCUAGAGUAGGCGUCGAAGUCUGCACGCGAUGGCUGACGGGCAAACCUCCCACUACUUCCUCCUUCCAGCGCAGGCGCGACAAGCACAUUGUAUCUCGACUAGACCGCGUUCUCGCGAGUGUUAUCCGUGAUGUCAAGGAGACCAUCGACGACCUCGAAGUGGAAAAGUCCAUGUGCAUCAUCCAGAGUUUGCACGAGGUCUCUAUCGUCGAGCUCGACAACUACUGGGAGGUUAUUGAUCUCGAAGAGAAAGUAGACGAUAUGAGACAAUGCAUGGAAAAGAUAGAAGUGAUCCGUGACGAUCUCUUGCAAAAUAAGCGGCUGCGACCCAUCGUCGACUAUGAUGACGAGAUGGAAGACUCGGCGUGGUGGAACGACAAACUUCAGCCUUCUAGAUCCGAUAAGAGGAGCUACACCUGGUUGACUGCGCCUCCGCUUUUUGCGGAAAGUUAUCUGUACCGGCGCUUAAAGGAGUGUUUUGCUCAGAGCAUCUGGUGGAGAAACUAUGACCCGUUCAAACGCAAAAAGUCCAAUGACUUGUUAAGCGCGCAAGACAAACUGUUCGAAUUGGCGAGCCGCUUUGCAGAGCCUUUCCGACCAGGAGACUGUCUCUUUCCUGAAGAGUAUCAGGAACUAGUCAAACUUCGUUUUAUCGAACUUACGCAAGUCUGCCUCGAGGGGGACUCCUCUAUCUCAAUAGAGUCCAAGGACUCAACAGAGUGUGUUAGCAGUGCUUUGACCAAUGCGGAAGGAGACAACCCUGAGGAGAUACUUGGCGUUCUCUGGGAGGCCUUCAAUGCGCCAUGCUCCUCAGGCGCGGCGGGUUCGCUAACUCCACAAUUGCAUAUGCCUGUCACAGCCGAAUUUCUCAUCGACAGUGGAAUUGCAGAUGAGGUUCGGUUCCAUGGAAAGCAGAUGCCGUGGUUCGUAUCGAAUGCCACUCAGGACGACUGGGAGUGGUUACUGGAUGCUCUGGCCAACCCAAGACUAUAUCCCAACGCAAGUCUAGAACAAACGCAUUCUCUACGUCAAAUUGGGCAGAGGUGGCGAGCCUACGAGCAGUCCAAGCAAUUUGUUUACGAACAACAUCCUUUCUGGACGACUCCACACUCGUUCUGGGAUCUGCCUACCUCCACACGCUCCUUGUUCAGUGAACUUUCGAGCUCAAAUCUGACGAUCUUCAAGGGUGGAUUAAACUAUCGCCGGUUGACCUAUGACUGUACGGCGCCGCCCGAAACCUCUUUCGAGGAGAGGAUUGGGCCAAUGUCAUUUCAUCCCAAACUCCCGACGAUAUGCAGUCUACGCACUGUGGGGAAAUAUGCAAUUGUCGACUUGUCACGCGGAGACAGAUCAGGUCCGAAUAAGGGGGUGGCGGAAGAGAAGUGA